AUGUCUAUACAUCAACCCAGGACUGAUAUAUUUGAGCUGUUUCAUAUGGUACUGGUAUUAUCACGAGGUAAAACUGUGUAUUUUGGUGAGGCUCCGGAAAUGAUUCAAUAUUUUACAGAUCUUGGCUUCCCCUGUCCUCAGUUGACCAACCCUUCUGACUUUUACCUUGAUUUGGCGACGAUUGAUGUAACAUCGGAAGAGAAGGAGAAAAGAACUUCGGAAGUUUUAAAGAAUCUCUGCCAAGCUCAAAAAGAUGCCCAGGAGAAGCAGGAAGCACCGGAACCAGUUAGUAAGGAACUCAGUGAUCACACAGUAGCCGGUGCUAUGAGGAAUCAUAUUGGGUAUCCCGGGUUUUUCACACAAUCUUCUGUCCUAGCUAGACGCCAUUUUAAGAACAGUGUAAUAGAUUACUGGUGUUUAUUAGCUCAGGGUAUCCAGGCUUUACUCGUAUCGUUAGUAGUAGGAGCUGUAUUUUAUCAUAUAGCUGGUGAUCAACAUGGUUUAUACGACAGAUUCGCUUUCUUCUUCACGCUCUGUGGUUUUUAUGGUUAUUCUAUCUCUCAAGAUGUUAUCACACGCAAUGCUGUUGAAAGAAAUUAUUUAUAUUUUGAACUACAAGAUAAGAUGUAUGGACAUUUUGCUUAUUACGUUGCCAAG